AUGGUUCUUCUUUCCGCCUCGUUCUUUGCGGCCCUCGUUGCGAUAGCAGUGGCUACACAAGCAGAGCGGUCGGCCUAUGUUAUUCAUGAACGUCGGGACACACCUGCUCGAGGCUUCGUCAAAGUUGGCUUAGCUCCCUCGUCCCAUGAGCUCACUCUCCGCAUUUCACUCAAGCCCAACAACAUUGCCGGCCUCGAGAAGGAACUGUACGCUGUUUCCGAUCCAAAAAGCGAGCGUUAUGGCAAACAUUUGACACUAGACGAGGUCGUUAAAUACGUCAAACCUACGUCGGAGGCACUUUCCGCUGUGAACUCGUGGCUGGAUGUUAACAAAAUCACCGCAAAAAUUAUCUCGCCCGCAGGCGACACCCUCCAGUUCAAUGUGCCCGUCUCAAAGGCCAACUCCAUCUUGAAUGCGGAAUUUUCAAGCUUCACGCAUUCCGAUACCAAGGAGACUGCUAUCCGAACGCUGCAGUACUCUCUCCCUGCCGACUUGUCUCCACAUGUCGCAUAUGUCCACCCCACGACCAGCUUCACGAAUCCGUUCGUCACACCCAAGAUCGAGCCAUUUAACAUUAAUGGCAAGCGUGAAAUCGACCCCAGCUGUGCGGACCUCACAACCCUUGAGUGUUUGCUGGAGGAAACGGGCAUUCCGAAACGGUCUGCGACACAGAAGAACAAUGUUCUGGGGAUUUCAGGCUUCUCAAACCAAUUUGCCCACCAGAGCGAUCUCAAGGAUUUCCUCGCCAAAUAUCGUCCUGAGAUGUCCUCGUCGGCGAAAUUUGACCUACAGUUCGUUGAUGGAGGCUCUAACACCCAGGUCCGCGAUUUUGCUGGUGUUGAAGCAAGUCUUGAUAUGCAAUACGCGGUUGGGCUUUCCGGCGGAGUUCCUCUCCGCUUCAUUUCAGUUGGUCCACUGAACGACGAUAAAGCGAGCAGCUUUUUGGAUCAAGUAAAUGCGCUGAUCGCCGACAACUCCCGGCCGACUGUGCUCUCGACAUCCUACGGCUUCAAUGAACAAGAUUUAACCCUCCCCGUUGCCGAGGGACUUUGUAACGCCUACAUGCAACUCGGGGCCUUGGGAACUUCUGUUUUGACUUCUUCUGGCGAGCGCGGUGUCGGUGGCAACUCGUGGUUCUGCGAUACCUUCCUCCCGACUGCCCCUUCAUCAUGCCCCUGGGUGACAUCAGUUGGCGCUUCCCAGACCAUUCUCGAAAACUACACCAAGAACAACUUCUCUGAAGUUGCAGCUUCUUUCUCUGCUGGCGGUUUUUCGAACUACUUCAAGGCCCCUGCAUACCAGGAGGCGGACGUUAGCUCAUAUGUUGCCAGCAUUAACGGUCAGUACGAGGGUCGAUAUAACAAGGCUGGACGCGGCAUCCCGGACGUCUCUGCCCAAGGGGUUAACUUUGUAACUCUCGUCAGUAACGAGUGGAACCUAGCCAGCGGCACGUCUGCUUCGACGCCCGUUUUUGCCGCCGUUGUCGCACACCUGAACGCCGAGCUCAUUGCAGCCGGCAAGCGCCCACUCGGUUUCCUCAAUCCCUUCCUCUAUAGCGCCGCUGGGCGGGCAGCACUCAACGAUGUGUCGGCGGGCAACAACCCCGGGUGUGAUACAAGUGGCUUCAACGCGACUGUUGGCUGGGACCCCGUCACUGGCCUGGGCACGCCGAACUACGUUAAACUGAGAAAAGCGGUCGGCCUUGUAUAG